AUGUUGUCAAGAGUCAGUAAAUCUUAUUUAACCACUCGUACCUUAUAUACUACCGCUCGUCUAGCUCGUCCUUUUCCUACUCUUUCUCUAAAGGAACAGGAACCUGCAUCACCAAAGCAAGGUAGAGCAAAUGAAAUCAUCGAAGCUGUCCUUUAUGGCUCAAAAAAGACAAGAGAAGAAGAGAACCAAACUCAUUCAAAGGUAUUAGCAAGAGGAAAAUAUGUCCAUGAGCUUCAAAUACACAAUGUUAAGCCUGAUAAAGUCAAUGAAUACACUGAAUUGGUGUCAAAGUACAUGCCUUUAAUUGCUAACGAUCCUGCAAACAACUUACAUUUGUGUGGAAGUUGGUCUGUUGAAAUUGGAGAACAAGACACGUUUGUUCAUAUUUGGGAGUACAAGGGAUAUCCCGGCCAUAAACAUACCAUGGAACGUUUAUCCAAAGAUGAGGCUUAUAGCGAGUUCAUGAAUCGCCUUCGUCCUCUCUUGAUUUCUCGUCAAAAUAAUAUGAUGCUCGAAUUCUCAUUUUGGAUGACUUCCCCUCCUAAAGUAACAAAUAAUAUUUAUGAACUUCGUAAAUAUACCUUGAAGCCUGGGCGAUUGUUAGAGUGGGAAAUGUACUGGAGAAGAGGACUCGAGUGUCGUCGAAAGUUUUGUGAGCCAGUAGGUGCUUGGUUUACCCAGCUUGGGGAACUGAAUACGGUCUAUCAUAUGUGGACUUAUCCUGAUUUACAAACUCGAAAGACAACGAGAGAAGAUGCAUGGAAUACCGAGGGCUGGGCAGAGACUGUACAAAAGACAGUUCCUUUGGUCAAUAAUAUGACUUCUUCCAUAUUAAAACCUUUACCUUACAGCCCUUUACGAUAA